AGUAGCGUUGCUGGGCAAAACUAAGCUGAGACGCCGGGCCUAAGUAGAAGCGGGGGCGGGGGGUGUUAGCGUGGUGUUAUUAGUGGUUUGCCUCGCUUAUGGCCCUGGAAAUGGACCCGUUGCUCCAUGCCUUGAGUUAUUUCAGGCGGAGGAAAUUCCAACUCUGUUCGGAUCUGUGUUCCCAGUUGCUGGAAAAGGAGCCUGGCGAUCAGGCUGCUUGGUGUUUAAAAAUGCGAGCAUUAACUGAAAUGGUUUAUGUGGAUGAAGUUGAAGUGGAUCAGGAAGGCAUAGCUGAAAUGAUGCUGGAUGAAAAUGCAAUUGCACAAGUUGCACGACCUGGUACUUCACUUAAAACACCUGGAACUGGUCAUGGCGCUGGGCCUAGCAAGGCUAUCAGGCCAGUGACACAAACAGGGCGACCCCUGACAGGUUUUGUACGUCCUGGAACACAGGCUGGGAGACCAGGUAGCAUUGAACAAGCCUUAAAGACUCCAAGAACUGCUCACACUGCCCGUCCCAUGACUAGUGCUUCAGGGAGAUAUGUCAGGCUUGGAACAGCCUCGAUGCUCACUAAUCCUGAGGGUCCUUUCAUAAAUGUAUCCAAACUGAACUUAAGUAAUUAUGCUCAAAAACCAAAGUUGGCAAAGGCUUUGUUUGAAUACAUUUUUCAUCAUGAGAGUGAUGUUAAGAAUGCUUUAGAUUUGGCAGCAUAUGCCACACAGCAUGCCCAAUUCAAGGACUGGUGGUGGAAAGUGCAAAUUGGGAAGUGUUAUUACAGACUAGGAUUAUACCGUGAAGCAGAAACACAGUUUAAGUCAGCUCUCAGACAACAAGAUAUGGUAGAUACAGUACUGUACUUGGCAAAAGUAUAUUCCCGCUUGGAUCAGCCUUUGACAGCUUUAAAUGUUUUCAAACGAGGUUUAGAACAAUUUCCUGGAGAAGUUUCCCUCCUUUGUGGCAUGGCCAGAAUUCAUGAGGAAAUGAACAACAUUUCUACAGCUGCAGAAUACUAUAAAGAUGUCUUAAAACAAGAUAAUACCCAUGUGGAAGCCAUUGCAUGCAUUGCAAGUAAUCAUUUUUACUCUGACCAGCCAGAGAUAGCUUUACGUUUUUAUAGGCGGCUCCUGCAGAUGGGCAUUUAUAACAGCCAACUCUUUAACAAUCUAGGCCUCUGCUGUUUCUAUGCCCAGCAAUAUGACAUGAUUCUCACUUCAUUUGAACGUGCACUAUCUCUAGCAGAAAGUGAGGAACAAGCUGCAGAUGUGUGGUACAAUUUGGGACAUAUAGCUGUGGGAAUAGGUGAUAUAAACUUGGCUCAUCAAUGUUUCAAAUUGACUUUGGCUAACAACAAUGACCAUGCAGAAGCCUAUAAUAACUUGGCUGUGUUGGAAAUGCAAAGAGGUCAUAUUGAGCAGGCAAGAGUGUUUCUGCAGACGGCUUCAUCAAUAGCACCUCAUAUGUAUGAGCCACAUUUCAAUUUUGCUGUCUUGUCUGAAAAGGUUGGAGAUCUCCAAAGAAGCUAUAUAGAAGCACAGAAGUCCAAAGAAAUUUUUCCAGAGCAUGCGGACUCUCAGCAACUUAUUAAUCAGUUAAAACAACACUUUGCCAGACUUUGAUGUACCUCCCAUCAAAGAAAAUAUUUAUUUUUCUUCAAAACUGCAGACGUAUGCAAAAUUACAGAGAAUUCUCAGAAUAUUUUUACAUUUAUAUGCUGAAAAUUUUGUUCAAACUGGGAGCAAACUGAGGAUUUUUACUCUCUCAGAUGCUUAAAAGCUGCUUUAGUAGAAUCUUAUCUUUUUAAAAAAGAAUCCCUGACUAGUAGCAGCAUUCAUUUUAGGUAUAUUAAGUGAAACAAGGCAAAUUUUAGUUUAGCUCAUAAUGAGUAAUGGGAAUAUUUCCAUAUAGGAACUGCUUAAAAAUGUACCCUUGUUGUUUCAUUCUUUUUUUCAAGGAAGCAUUUCUUUUCUGCCUACAGUAAUUAUAGUGGUUUUAUCUUGUUACAGUAAGCAAAAUUGUUCAACUUUUUGUUGCACCAGAACAGUUUUAGACUGUAAUUUUUAUUUAGGAAGAUCACAGGUUAUUAUGUGAAAAGCACAAGUAUUAGUGUUAAUGAACUAAGGAAUGUACAUGUAUUCCUGUAUUGUAAACCUGUCUCCAGGUUUAAAUUCAUGGCAUUCUUUGCUCAUGAUUUUGGGAUCAAUGAAGGCUGUAUACCAAAAGAAGCUAUUGGUAUUUACAAAGAAAAGCUUGUUUUCUCUUUUCUUGCUGUCUAAGUAGGUAUUAAUGAGGCAGCAGAAACAGAAAGAGAGGUACAGUUGGAUCUGUAGCUUCAAAGCAGUGAAACCUAAGAGUGUGUACAAAUCUGAAUGCCUAACCCACGGGUCGGCAACCCGCGGCUCCGGAGCCGCAUGCGGCUCUUUGAGCCACCUCCUGCGGCUCCGGAGCCUUCUCCGCCAUUUUCAUAGAGAGAGAG